AUGGUAACUGAGAUCUACCUGUGGAUGAGUAUUUCAUGGUCGACGGAGUACCUUGUCUGGAGACCCAAGGUGCAGCAGAUACGAGGAACUAGAAUUGAAUCUUAUAAAGUGAAUUACCCAGAGGCGGAUCUGGCGAAGAUAACAGAUCAUCUGCUAAUCCCAGGAGGAGCUGCAUUUUUUGAAGCAGUAAUUAAUGGCUCGAAUUUCAACCAGAGGGACAUGGACUUCUCAUUCCUGGUUGACAAUGUUAAAAUGCUGCGGAAGUUGUCAUCAUACACAACAGUUGUGGUGAUAAGUGACGAGGCAACCUUCCUCGCCGCCUUCGUCAAGUGGUCCGUCAAGGGGCGCCUCAUGGUGUGGUCGAUGAGGCUCCUCAUCCUCACUCACUCUCGCCUCAUGGAGCUGCAGGAUCUCCACACAACCUUGUCCAACCUCAACUCUAUGUUGGUUAUUAUCAACGACGACACAACGAAUAUCAGGUGCAGUGUUUACGUCCAGCUGCCGUAUAGUCCGCGGGGAUCCCAGGUUGUGCAGGUGGCCUCCUGGACACCUCGUCGUGGCCUCCACCUCACCUCACACCUCCCACUCUUCCCGGAAAAGUUCUCUAAGUGA